AUGGAGUCAAGACCAGCGCCAACAGAACCGGCACCGGCCAGCGCCAGUAAACGGCCUCGAUCACCUUCGGGUGACUUCCCUCCCAUCGCAUCUAAAAUUCCGAAGACCGUCUCGAAUCACCUUCAGAUCAAUUACCUCGCGCGUCAGUACCCGGAUAACCUGCCCCUCGUCGCCGUCGAUGAUAACAUGUCCGCGAUUCUGCACCUAAUCGGCGAGUAUGACGGAGUCUUGCAGCGUCACGAGAGUAUCGCCGGUAACCUGGGCGCAUGUCCAUUGGGUCCCAUCUUGAUUAAGCGGUUUGAGCGUUUGUUCGACGGACCGCCGCGCGUUCUCAAGUCGCACGGCAAGGAUCCCAACGCUAUCACUUGGCUUGAUGUUGUGGAGUUCGCCAAGAACAAACCGGAGCAGUUCAACCUGGAAAAGUCUCGCAAUGGGGUUCGUGUUUGCCAAUUCUAUACUAAGCAAUGUCGCGUUGAGAUCAGCGAGGAGGACUUUGUGUUGAUCGCAUCGGGCAUGCCCCAGAAGAUGAUCCCUCCACAGCCGAUCAUCGAGGAUGAGGAGAAAGAGCUUGGCGCUUUGGAGAUUUUAGAAAAGAACUUGCAACAGAUUGUUUCGGUUGCUGAUCAAGUCUCUGCUCGAGCACGACAACUCAAUCACCGGCUCAAGAACCGCCGAACUGCAAUUAUUGCCCGUCGUGAGAAUGAUGCAAAUUUACAUAUACCCCGUUCGUUGAGUCCUGUCUGGCGUGAAGCCAACGGCUAUGGCGCAGCCAACCCACACUCGCCAUCUACCGGGUUUGUCGCCGUCAAUACCCACAACAGUCGCGCAGAACCAGCUCUAGUAGCAGAAGACGGCCACCUGCCUUCGCCGUUUAUGUUCUCGCAUUCCAACACCGAGAAUGUCACCAUUAUCAACGGAACCUCCAUCAAGGGUGCAUCUCCGACAACGCGCGCUGAGCUAAUGAAGAAAUUCUUCACGACCGCAGACCGCCAAGCCCGUGGUUACGAGGACCCACCUGCUGCGACGCAAAUGAGUCGACAAUCUUCUUCGCGCCCACGACCCAGACCCUCGGACGCCAGUGACUACAAUGGUCUCUACAACCCAUCUCCAACGACGGUCGCCAUCCCGAACACUCCCUCCUCGUUAUUACCUCCACCCAAGUCCAACCAGUCCGAGAAGGAUGACGGUGGUCCGUUCAAGAUAGAGAUGGUAACGCGCAUGGAGGAGCUUCAACGGGGCGAACGUAUCAUGCCUCCCUGCGAUCGUUGUCGCCGUCUCCACAUGGACUGUUUGAAGAACCUCACUGCCUGCAUGGGCUGCACGAAGAAGCAUGCCAAGUGCUCUUGGAAAGACGUUAAGGAGGAGGAGCUCCAGGAGACUCGAUCCGAGCGUCCUUCCCACGAAGUCUCAGCGGACGAGCCCUCCAGACCUCGCAAAGAGUCAAUCUCUGUAUCCUCACCCGCGGCCCCGGUUCCCGCUUCCACUUCUGCUUCUACUCCUGCUGCUCCGGUCCCUGCUUCUAUUCCUAUUCCCGCCUCCGCUCCCGCUCCGACCCCGUUGCUAGCGCCCGAUUACGAGUCCGCGAGGAACCAGAACUCCAACGUGCGGAGAGAAUCGGCUCCCACGACGGCACAUGGAUUAUCGGGUCCAUCAAUGGGCCCAGAUCCUUCUCCACGACGAGCAAUGAGUGAAAUCCAUGGCGGCGCCGCACCAAAUCAUGACCGGAGAGUUAGUCUCCACCGCCGCGAUGCCCCUGACGACGAUGAUCCGGAUGCCAACCAACGUUUGAUGCAGGCGAUUUGGGAUACGGUAGACCACCACAGCCGGGGGGCGGCACCUGGCCCCACGCCAGACGGGAAAAGCGAUGUGUCUCAAGACCGGGAGCGCAAACGAGAACGAGAACGAGAACGAGAACAUAAGAUGGUGAAAGCAUGA